CUUCCGGGGUACGGAGCGCGCGCAGGGACAAACCAAAACGCGAAGGGACAAAAUGGCGGCGGGCAUCAGGACGAGCAGGCGCUGAAACGAGCCAAACUGAGCCAAAGUGAGCCAAACCGAGCCGGGAAUGAGCUGCAGACCGGCCCACGGGCUCCUGAGGGCCCCACUGCGACUGUGGAGCUCACCCCGGAGACACAACGGGACAGAGCAGAGACACAACGAGAGGACAGGCUCCACCCCCACGAGAGCGUCCUCCGUUUGGUCCCAGUCCGGGUCUAGGUCCAGGACUUGGCUCAGACCUUGGACCUGCCUCAGUCUCGGGUCUCCGGUCAGUCCCGGGCCCCUGGUCAGAGCUCUGUCCUCUCAGUCCGGGGGUCCUGGUCUGAACGUGUUUGACCGCCAGAUGAAGCGUCGACAGAGGGAGUGGGCGGCGGCUCAGAGCGACGCCGCGCAGUUUGAAUACAUCCGAGAAGAGGUGGGCAAUCGUGUGGCAGACCGGGUCUACGACGUGGCGAGGACCUUCCCUCUGGCUCUGGACCUGGGCUGUGGGCGGAGCUUCAUCGCAGAACACCUGACCACAGACGUGGUGCAGCAGAUUUAUCUGACAGACAUCGCCCCAACAUGUGUGAAGCGUCUCAGACACAGUGAAAUCUCGUCUCGUUGCAUUUUGGCUGAUGAAGAGUUUCUGCCGUUUAAAGACGACACUUUCGACCUGGUCCUGAGCAGCAUGAGUCUGCACUGGGUCAACGACCUGCCCGGAGCCCUCAGACAGGUGUGGCGCGUGCUGAAGCCGGACGGGGCCUUCAUCGCGGCGCUCCCUGGUGGCGACUCCCUGUACGAGCUGCGCUGUUCGCUGCAGUUGGCUCAGACGGAGCGAGAGGGGGGCUUCUCUCCUCACGUCUCCCCCCUCACCGCCGUCACCGACCUGGGCAACCUGCUGGGACGGGCCGGCUUCACCCUGCUCACCGUGGACACAGAUGAGCUGCAGGUGCAUUACCCUGGAUUCAUGGAGCUUUUGACCGACUUAAAAGGGAUGGGGGAGAGUAACUGCGCCUGGAACAGACGAUUACUGCUGCAUCGAGACACCAUCCUUGCAACCGCCGCCGUUUACAAAGAGAUGUAUGGAAACCCGGAUGGAUCUAUUCCUGCAACCUUUGACCUCCUGUUCAUGAUCGGCUGGAAACCCCACGACUCCCAGGCUAAACCUGCCAAACGUGGAUCUGCCACAGUGUCUUUCGGAGACUUGUCCAAGAUCUCGCCCCCUAAGACCAGCUAAAACCAGGACUGGAUUGAGAUUGGGACUAAACCAGGACCGGACCUAGAUCUGGAUUAAACUUGGACUAACUCGUAAAGAAGGUUAUUUUUUGUAAAUCCAGUCUGUGUCUGUAUAAAAUGUGUCUUAUUUAAUUUGUAAUUACAUUUUUUGAUGAAUUAAAUGAAGU